GUCGGACUUAUAAUAUUUCGCUAAGAUAAAGUGAUUUGACACAAUCACAAAUGUCUCUUGUACCCGUGCCUAAGAAUGCUGCUGAUCAAAUGGAUACUAGUGAUAAUGUAGAUAGGAAUAGUAAAGAAUAUAAAGAAGCAUUUAAUAAGUUUAUAUUAAAUAACCUUGAAAAUCAUCCUGCCAAGUUACUUAAAGAAUAUUUAGAACAGAUAGAUCAAAUUAUUACAUAUAACCCAGAAAAAGUUACUGAGUUAAGAGAAUAUAUUAGAAAAACAGAAGAUCUUAUAGAAAAUUUUGAUAAUGCAAAAAUUUUUAUUGAUAUUGGUGGGUUCAAUUAUAUUCCUAAAUUACUUCAAGUCAAAGAUGAAAAUAUUAAAGAGGCUACAUGUGAUUUCAUAGCAGAAUUAGUACAAAAUCAUCAAGUGUGCCAAGAUGAAGCUCAAAAAAUUAAUAUUCUGCCAGAUAUUAUAUCAAUUUUUGAUCAUGAUAACUAUGAUAAUGUUAAAGUUAAAGCUAUUUACGCCUUAUCUAGUUUAUUGAGAGGAAAUAAAAAUUUACAAACCCAAUUCCUAAAUAAUGGUGGGAUUGAUAUUUUGCUUAAAGGCCUACAAAGCCCUGUGGAAAAGAUCAAACUUAAAACAACUCUUUUAGUUAUGUACAUGAGUUUAGAAAAUGAAGAUUUUACAAAACAAUUUCACCAAAAGGGUAUACUUUUCCAAUUACUAAAAAAUGUUAUGACUUAUGAACAUGAUCUCAGUCAUGAGCACACAUUAAAUGCUAUUCUCUCUAUGGUCAAAACUGAUCCAAGUCUUGUAACUGAUCUUAAGCAUUCAUGCAAAGAUCUCAAAACCUUUUUGCUUGAGAGAGGUGCAAUCCUGGAUGGGAAGCCAGAAUAUAUAGAAGAAGACACAUAUGUCAAAACAUUGUAUGAACUUUGCUUUGAAGAAGACCUGAGUGAAGCAAUUGGUGCAUUAAAUAUUCCAAAAAUUUGAACAUCAUUCAUUGUAUAAUUAGCUCAAAUCAAAACCUAUAAAACAAACUAUUUUUAGUUAAUUGUAGAAAAAAUUGUAAACACUUAUUUCAUUAAAAAUUCAUUUAUAAAUCAAUAAUGUGAAAUAAUUCUAGCAUGUAAAUUAUUGAUUA